UGUUAAUGCUUCAAAAUGAUCAUCGUGUUUUUGGCCUUAACCUGCUCUUGCACAUGGUUCGAGCACUUCUCCAUGCUGGUGAUCCUGCUGAACUGUGUCACUCUUGGGAUGUUCCAGCCCUGUGAGGACGUCAGCUGCCAGUCGGAGUGGUGCCGCAUCCUGCAGGUUUUGGACGACUGCAUCUUCGCUUUCUUCGCUGUGGAAAUGGUCAUCAAGAUGGUGGCCCUGGGAAUUUUUGGCCCGAAUUGUUACCUUGGGGACAAGUGGAACCAGCUUGACUUUGUCAUCGUCAUGGCAGGGGUGAUGGAGUAUUCUUUGGAUGGCCACAAUGCCAGUCUGUCAGCCAUUCGUACAGUCAGAGUCCUCAGGCCACUGCGAGCCAUCAACAGAGUGCCAAGUAUGCGCAUCUUGGUCACACUGCUGUUGGACACCCUGCCCAUGCUGGGAAACGUCCUCCUCCUCUGCUUCUUUGUCUUCUUCAUUUUCGGCAUUGUGGGAGUCCAGCUGUGGGCGGGUCUACUGCGCAACCGCUGCUUCCUUCCAGAGAACAUCACAUCACUGUACAACUUGUCCAUGAAUCCUUACUACUUGUCCGAGGAGGGUGAAGACAGCCCAUUCAUCUGCUCGGGUCCGCGCGAGAACGGGAUGCUGCGCUGCGGAGCAGUGCCAGCCUACACCGAGGCCGGGGAAGAUUGCUUAUUGGCCCCUUCCUACCAAAGUUCAGCUCUGAUUGGAUCAGCCCCAGCAAUGGGCGGGGCUGGUAAUAAUGGAUGCAUAAACUGGAACCUGUACUAUAACGUGUGUCGUCCUGGGGAGCACAACCCUCACAAGGGAGCCGUCAACUUUGAUAAUAUCGGCUAUGCCUGGAUAGCCAUAUUCCAGGUCAUCACACUGGAAGGAUGGGUGGACAUUAUGUACUAUGUCAUGGAUGCUCACUCCUUCUACAAUUUUAUAUAUUUUAUACUGCUCAUUAUUGUGGGCUCUUUCUUCAUGAUCAACUUGUGCCUCGUGGUCAUCGCCACCCAGUUCUCUGAGACGAAGCAAAGGGAGAACGCUCUGAUGAGGGAGCAGCGAGCUCGCUACAUGUCCAACGACUCCACGCUCGCCAGCUACAGUGAGCCAGGCUCGUGCUAUGAGGAGAUGCUACGCUACAUCAGUCACCUUUACCGCAAGCUCACACGCAGGUUGCAGAGGAUAUACUCUGGAUGGCACAGUAAGAGGCGUAAAAAGGUGAAUCCAAAUGGCAGCGGUGGAGGGAGUAACGGCGGGGGUUCCAGCAGGGGCUGCGGAGGCUCUGGCCCCGGUAGCGCUCUGUGGUUAAGACCGAUCCACAACCUUUUGCAGCACCAUCAGCACCAGCACUGUCGCCUUAGCAACGGGGGGCAGCACAGCAUCACCGUAGAGCCCGCAGAGCACACAGAGGGAGCAGGGGAAGAGCUGGAGAUGAAGUCACUUCCUGUCCGGAGAGGAAGUACGAAUGGAAAUAACGGUGGACAGCCGUCGGGCGUCACCCAGCGCAUGGGCUCGCUGCUGGGGCGGUUGAACGGGGGAAUGAACUACCCGACCAUCCUGCCGUCGUUUGUGUGCAGCUACAGCAGCAAGACUCCGCCCCCGCACUCCCAGCAGUGUGGGCAGUGUCCGGAGCAGCACCCGUUAAACCACCCGACGUCUGAACACACGGAGACACUGAACAAACUCUACCAGCUCAUGGGACAGCACAGACGCCAGAGGCUUCUGUACCAGCUGGCAGGCGUGGUGCCCAGCCCUCUGCUCCUGGAGCUGCUGAGCUGCCCUCUGUGUGCUCGCAGCCUGGAGACCUUGGAGCUGGAACUGGGAGACCUGGAGGGAGGCAGAGGAGAGGCUGACGGACUGCAUGACUUCCCCCAGGGUGGUGAUCUGAGAGGCGGCCGAGGUCGUAGCAGACGGCGGGGGGUCUACGAGUACAGACACGCAGUCGUUCGGACCUGGGUCAGCUUCAGGGAUAAACUGAAGAGGAUAGUGGAGAGUAAAUACUUCAACCGGGGGAUCAUGAUCGCCAUUCUCGUCAAUACUCUCAGCAUGGGGAUUGAGUACCACGAGCAGCCCGAGGAGCUAACAGAUGUGUUGGAGAUCAGCAACAUCGUCUUCACCAGCAUGUUUGUUCUGGAGAUGGGCUUCAUGCUGCUCGCUUUUGGCUUGUUUGGGUACAUCAGGAACCCGUACAACAUAUUCGACAGCAUCAUUGUUAUAAUAAGUGUGUGGGAGAUCAUCGGUCAAGCAGAUGGAGGGUUGUCCGUCCUGCGAACGUUUCGUCUGCUGCGGGUUCUGAAGCUGGUUCGCUUCCUGCCGGCCCUGAGGAGACAGCUGGUGGUGCUGAUGAAGACUAUGGACAACGUGGCCACAUUCUGCAUGCUGCUGAUGCUUUUCAUCUUCACCUUCAGCAUAUUGGGGAUGCAUCUGUUUGGGUGUAAAUUUAGUCUGAGGACAGAGAACGGAGACACCAUCCCUGACCGCAAGAACUUUGACACUCUGCUCUGGGCCAUCGUCACCGUGUUCCAGAUUCUUACCCAGGAGGACUGGAAUGUGGUGUUGUAUAACGGCAUGGCCUCCACCUCUCCAUGGGCUGCUCUUUACUUUGUUGCUCUCAUGACAUUUGGGAACUAUGUGCUCUUCAACUUGCUAGUGGCCAUCUUGGUUGAGGGCUUUCAGGCUGAGGGUGAUGCUAAUCGAUCAGAGUCAGAUGAUGAGAAGAAAUCCGACAACUUUGAGGAGGACGAGAAGGUUGAACAGCUAAGAGACACUGAGCUCAAAAUGUACUCUCUGAUCAUGACAGCCAACGGUCACGUUGACCCGCGCGGCACAAUGGCUCCUCCCAUAAUCAUGCGCACAGCAGCCACGCCCAUGCCCACUCCUAAAGGCUCUCUGGGACCUGACUCCAUUCUUGGAGAUGACCUCGUGGGGGUGCCUCAGUAUGGGGAGGUGGGACUAGGCUUCUCUGAGGCAGGACUCGGUCAUGCAGAUUCUCGCCGCGGAAGCUCCACGUCCAUUGACCACUUAGCCUACGACCAGCAUUCUCUGAGCCUCUCAAGUCCCGGCAGACGCUCCCCUCUUCCUCCCCGCUCCUGGGGAAGCCGGCGCUCGAGCUGGAACAGCCUGGGGAGGGCGCCGAGCCUCAAAAGGCGAGACACCAGCGGGGAAAGGGAGAGCCUGUUGUCCGGAGAGGGAGGAGAGGAGGAGGACAGUGGGGAGAACAAGGGGGAUGCCGGCGGGGUGGCCAACAGACUGCAGCCGGAUCAUUUGGAGCUGCUGCAGGCGUCCACUCUCUUCCCCUCCAUUAUAACAGAGUAUGGCGACUGUAAUGGGAGGACCCUGAACUAUGACCCUCACAUGAGCUCAGAGUCAAAGGAAGACUCCACGCCUGAGGACGACUUAGAUGAUGAUAGUUCUUUCUGCUACUGGAUCAAAACGAAGGUCCUUAACUUGAAGCCCCGCUGGUGCAAAGAGCACGAAGACUGGAAUCUGUAUCUGUUCUCUCCGGAGAGCCUACUCCGGGUGUGGUGCCAAAGUGUGAUCUCUCACAGAUUGUUCGACCAUGUGGUUCUGGUUUUCAUCUUCCUUAACUGCAUCACCAUUGCUCUGGAGAGACCUGAUAUAAAGUCCAACAGCACUGAGCGAGUGUUUCUGAGUGUGUCCAACUACGUUUUCACUGUGAUAUUCCUGGCAGAGAUGGCCGUCAAGGUUGUAGCGCUCGGUUUCUGCUUCGGGAAGCAGACUUACCUCCAGUCCAGCUGGAACGUCCUCGACGGUUUGUUGGUCUUCGUGUCUCUGGUGGACAUUCUGGUCUCACUGGCGUACACCGGCGGGAACAGGAUCCUGGGCAUCCUCCGAGUCCUCCGCCUCCUACGAACACUACGCCCACUGAGGGUGAUCAGUCGAGCCCCGGGUUUGAAGUUGGUUGUGGAGACACUCAUCACCUCUCUUAGGCCCAUCGGGAACAUUGUCCUUAUCUGCUGCGCCUUCUUUAUUGUUUUCGGCAUCCUGGGGGUUCAGCUGUUCAAAGGGAAGUUUUACCACUGUGAGGGUCUGGACACCAAAAACAUCACAAACAAGUCUGACUGUCUGCAGGCCAGUUACCGCUGGAUACGAAGGAAAUACAACUUUGACAACCUGAUCCAGGCUCUGAUGUCUCUGUUCGUCCUGUCCUGUAAGGAUGGCUGGGUCAAUAUCAUGUAUGAUGGUCUGGACGCAGUGGGAGUGGACCAACAGCCUGUGAGGAACCACAACCCCUGGAUGCUGCUCUACUUCAUCUCCUUCCUGCUCAUCGUCAGCUUCUUCGUCCUCAACAUGUUCGUCGGCGUCGUGGUGGAGAACUUCCACAAGUGCCGGCAGGACCAGGAAGAGGAGGAGGCCCGCCUACGGGAAGAGAAGAGGCUCAAAAUGAUAGAGAAAAAGCGCAGGAGUAAGGAGAAUGGAGGGGCUGAGGCCAAGCAGAGGCCUUACUACGCCGACUACUCCCCCGUCCGCCUGACCAUCCACACACUGUGUACCAGCCACUACCUGGACCUCUUCAUCACCUUCAUCAUCUGCAUCAAUGUCUUAACCAUGAGCAUUGAGCACUACGAUCAACCCGAGUAUUUAGAGGAGGUCCUGAAGUACUGCAACUAUGUGUUCACCUGCAUUUUCGUCUUCGAGACUCUUCUCAAACUCGCAGCAUUCGGCAUCCACAGGUUCUUCAAAGACAGGUGGAAUCAGCUGGAUAUAGCUAUAGUGGCGCUGUCCAUCAUGGGUAUUACUCUGGAGGAGCUCAAAAUGAGCGCAGCCCUGCCUAUAAAUCCCACCAUCAUCAGAAUCAUGAGAGUCCUAAGAAUAGCACGAGUGCUCAAACUCCUGAAGAUGGCCACAGGGAUGAGAGCUCUGCUGGAUACUGUCAUGCAAGCGCUGCCACAGGUUGGGAAUCUUGGCCUCCUCUUCAUGCUGCUCUUCUUCAUCUAUGCUGCUCUGGGAGUGGAGCUUUUUGGCAAACUGGUUUGCAAUAACAACAACCCAUGUGAGGGUCUGAGUCGUCACGCCACCUUUGAGAACUUCGGGAUGGCCUUCCUCACGCUGUUUCGAGUGUCCACCGGAGACAACUGGAACGGGAUUAUGAAGGACACAUUAAGGGAGUGUCAUCACGCGGACCGCUCCUGUCUCGCCUACCUUCCCCUCUUCUCUCCCAUUUACUUUGUCACAUUUGUGCUCAUGGCCCAGUUUGUGCUGGUCAACGUGGUGGUGGCUGUUUUGAUGAAACAUCUGGAGGAGAGCAACAAGGAGGCGAAAGAAGAUGCAGAAAUGGACGCAGAGAUCGCCUUGGAAAUGGCCAUGGAGAGAGAGCGCAAAUUAAGCACAACCUCCAACAACAGCUCAGCAGAAGGGACCUAUGUUGGGCCAUGUCCAAAUUCACCUGGAGAGGAGGAAGAGGGGCAGUACGGCGACCGGCAACUGCUGUCACCAAGGAAGAUGUCAGUAUCCAGGAUGCACUCUCUGCCUAACGACAGCUACAUGUUCCGACCCGUGCGGCCCGCCAGUGCCCCCUACCCGUUGGAGGAGAUAGAGCUCAGUCCCCAGCAUUCAGGUUCAGUGACUUCCGUCCAUUCCCAGCCAUGUGAGAGGCGCGCACUGCUGCAAGUACCAGACGUCUCUCCGGUUCACCCUCGUUCCUCUCCAACCGUCAGCCUUCCCCGCAUUGCCCCGCCCACGCCAGACCCCUCCCCAAAGCCCCUGCGCAGACAGGUGGCCCUCAAAGUGGAUUCUGUGGAGUCUCAGAGUUGUGCGCAACGAGAAAGGCCCAACCCCAUCCAUCUGCCUCCUCUCUCCCCUUCUCCUCUCUCUCCUCACACCUCCUCCCCAUCCCCUCUUCCUCCACCUCCUCCCUCCUCUCCAUCAGCCCUCUCUCUCCCACCCUGUUGCCCCUCUCCCUUUCCCAUCCCCCCUCCCUCUCCUCUGCCUCCCCCGCCAUCUUCUCCCUCGCUUCUCCUCCCUCCGCCCCCCUCCCCUCGCCUCCCCCUGCGCCCUCCGAGCCUCAGGAGACCCAGACCGCCCUCUGCGGCCUCAUUCUGCGACCCGGCGGACGAGGAGGUGUACCACAUCACCAGCUCAGCCCGCCACAGGUGGAGAGGUGAGGGAGAGGGAGGGCAGGAGAGCAGAGGAAAAAGUGGACGAAGCCACUCCCUCUCUCCUUACACCAUCACACACUCCCAAGACACCACCUCCUUUCCUCCUCCUCCCCCGCUACCUCCUUCCUCCUCGAGGAGCGCACUCAGUCUGCUGGGGUUGGGAUUGAAGGACCGUGACUUUAGGAAAGGUUUAAGUGUCGACAACCAGGGCUUCCUGGAAAAGCCGUUAUCACUGUCCGUUGGUUUCCCUGACGACCAGAGGCGCCACUCUAUCGAGGUCUGCCUCCCGCAGGUUCUUAAUCCUGGUGAGGACCAGAACUUUACACAUCGGUCAGAAAAAGGCAGUCAGGCAUUUCCUGUGAGGGUGCAGUCUGUUGGGGGCGGCCACAGAAAGAAGAAGAUGAGUCCACCAUGUAUCUCCAUCCACCCGCCCUCAGAGAGGGAGCAACCACACGUUGCCUCACCCCCAAAACUGGUGGACUGCAGCAUGAUGCUGAGACGCAGGACGCCAUCGUACGAUUUAACGCCACACACACAAGCAAACUCACAGGACGUGUCUCCAACGCACUCCCCAAUGCACACGCCGCUCACACCCAUUCACGCGCCGCUUCAAACACACUCACCGACACACACAAUGACACCCUCCUCUCCAGCACACACUCACGCAUCCACACCGACACACCGACGCAUCCCCAUCAGCCCCAACAUCUUCAUCCAGCCUCACGCACCUCUCCUUCCAAACACGAUGCCUUUCCCUCCGCCCCGCUCGCUCUCCCCGGCAGCGAGGCGUUCCCCUCUCACAGGCGACAGCAUCCCCCUCCCACAGUUCACCUUCGACCAACCACAGUCCAGAUACAUGAGCGGCCUGUCAGCCGGCUUAUCAGACGCUGAGACAGCCACGUGCUCUUCCCCUUUCGACAGCAGACUGGGAAGUGGGGCCGGAUUCAGUGCAAAGAAUCGGAGGACCGCCCAGUAAACGUCUAAAAUGCCUUCAGGAGAAUUAUUUGGGCCAAAGUCUCUGGAAUUGCAGUAGAGGGGCCUUGGCUUACCUUAGCAGAGAGAAUGAGGGGAGGAAAAAAACAGAUUAAGAGGUUUACUUGAAGAGGGAUUUUUAAAGCUAAAUACUGAAAAGACAUUUAUAACCCUUUCCGCUGGUACAGUCCCCACUUUGAAAAAAAAGACAGUUGGUCCUCUUACUGAACCCAGCGUGAAGGACAGAAGAUCCACAGAGGCUGUACCCACUGUACAUGGUGUGUUCGAGACUUGGACUAAUUACGCACCAGGACUAAAGCCACCUAACUCCGUAGCCAAAGUUUUUUUGACACACUGUCCCACCCCGCGCGAGCCAAUCAGGAAGCAGCGUCUGGCUGAUAACCGCUGACCUUUUACAGGAAGCAGUUUGUGAAAUGUGAGCGCGGGGGGUGGAAUUGUGGGAUAUGCAACUUCAGGUUUUCUACAGAAGUUCUGCUUGCCCCCUCCUCUGCUCCUCGAUCACAUUGAUCCGAGCAGAAAUGUGUGCGUGUGAGUGAGCGUGUCUGCGUUUUCUUUCCUAUGUGCGAGUAUCGUCAAAUCUGUUGUCAUGGAAGUCGGCCAUGUUAUUCUUACGCCUGUGACAACAGAGAGGGGGAGCAGGGCAGAGCUGUAGUGUAUGUUUAUCUGUGUAUCUGUGCAGUGUAAAUAAAGGAAAAUACUGUAUUUGGUGAGAUUAAAAAUAGCUCUAUCCAUAUGCACAUAUUUUUAUAGAUAUCUAAAAUGUUUUUGCACACAAAUUUGAAUUUCAAGUUGCUUGUUUUUCCUCUGUUGUCCUCUUGUGAAUGUAUGUUUCUUUUCAGAACAGAGAGAGAGCGAUGGAGGAGAUCAACCCUCUCCUCUUGACAGGCUAGCUGAGGUUGAAGCAUGGGAAUAGUAUUUUUCUAUUUUGAAAAAGAGAAGGACGAGAACAGGGGUGUGACGUGUUUGUGUUGCUUCGUCUCAGAUUUUAAUGUAUUUGUAGUCUAAAAAAAAAGUCUGGAAAGGUGGGCUCAGUGAUUCCAACCAAAUUCAUACUUUAUAUUAAUACAGACUACAAGCUGAAGUGUUGUCUGUUCACAAAUUUUGAAUCUCAAUGUGGCUAUCGAAUGGCUAUAUAAUACAGAAGAACCUACAUUUUAUUUUAUUUUUGUAAAAUAAAAACUUGCGAGCCAACUAGCUAGUUCGCCUUCUAACUUCUGGCAAGCCAGCCAACCAAUAUAGCUAGCUAGCCAGCAAACCAGCUGACUAGCUUGCGAGCUAUCGUGCUUGGCUGCUUACUUUGGGAUAAAAUACCAAGAGAGCAGGAUAAAAGAAAAAAAAAAGCCAUCACUGAGCUCCACUUCUUUUCAAGCUCUGACACCACUUUGUGUUCUGUGCAUCUAAAGACAACCAAACUAACUUACUAAAUAUGUGUAGCCAGAGUGCAAUAAUAAUAUAUACUUGUGAAAACUAUAAUUACAUCCACACUACAUAACACUACCACAUUCUUGUUUUCGUACAUACUGUAGAACUAUAAUAUAGAUGAUAUAAACUCAUUUUUAUACGAGGAUUGAGAGUAUUUCUAUGUAGUGUUCAUGCUACUUUAGCUAGCUGCCCCCUGAGUGUGGCAUGAUGUGGAUAAAAGCAGUGCUAUAGUGUAGAUUUCUCUAAAAGCUCAGGCGUUCCUAUCAUGAAGAGAGACCCAUGUUUCUGCAGAGGACUUAUUUAUCACCUGUUGAUCUAAUUUUAACCAACGGCGUCAGAUCAGCGUGAGACAACACACUGUAUUUGUUAGCUACCUGCAUAUGUGUUAGCUGAAACCCCUGUUCAUGAAACCUCCUGAGGUGUGAAUGAUGAAGAAGGAUGAGCAUUUUCCUUCCAGUGGAUGAAUGUUUUCCUACCAAGCCAUACCUUUACUCCAACUCAGCACAAUAUACAAUUUAUUCUACGUUAUACAUUGUCUGGUUUGGCACAGGUACACAAAAAGCAUCUUAAACAUAUUUUAGAGGUAGCUGGCUGGGACAGCGUCUUUAUAUUUUCUGAUGAAGUAGACUAGUGUGCUAUGACACGGUAAAUUAAAAUUUAAACUUUUAUCAAUUUGAUAGGAGUUGCCAAACAAAAUGUACAUUUUUGUGAUCAAUUAUCAGGACGACAAACUUUUAUGUUGAUUGCAAAAAAUAGCUAAAACGGUGUUAAUCUGGUUUCAUAGGGAAUAAACAAAAGCCAAUAGAUUUUUCUUAAAACAUGUGGAUAAAAAAGUGGGGGAUAUAUUAUUAGAGAUUGCAUAAUUGGGCGUGCCCAUGCCUGCAGAAACUAUUGACACAAAGACAGCGAUAAAAGCAGAUCCACAGAUCAUCAUGUCUAUGUACACAUUUUAUGUCUUUAAGGCAGUAUGCAUGUAGGGGGAAAAUUGUGAGACAAAGUGUAAAGAAAAGUAAGAAACUAUGUUUGCAUCACUUUGCCUGUGAUUGGUUGUCAAAGUCUGACAGACAGAAUGAAAAGCUCUCGGACAAUGAAACGGGGGUUUGAAAAUGCUGCUGACGAUGAACGCCGUCCGUUCAUCUUUUGAUAGUCCUCUUCUUCCAGUUCUGACACACAGAAGCACAGCUGGUGUUGGAUUCUGAUAUGUUGUCCUCCCUUCUGUUUGUGGCACAGUCUGUGUUUUCAUUUGAAUGCAGUAUUGUGCUCGAACACACUGUCAUUGUGCAACUUCUUUGCCCUGUUACCAUCUCCCCUUCCUGCACAGGCUGUCACUAAUGGGAAGUUUUCAGUUGUCGGAAGACGGCCUCUUUCUGCCUCACUCUUACUUGACUUAGUGCAGACCACACUGAUCUACAGCAUAUUGCCAUAUUAAUCCACAAAGUUUGGUAGAGUGACUGCAUAAUUGUUCUUACAGAUCUUUGGAUCUCAGUAUUUAAAUCCUGUUUUCGAGGAAAAACAGUUUUGACUAUUGCAUGUUCUGAUUUAAGAAAAAAAAAACUUUUGGGAAAGACUCAUCUGGAUGUUUUAGAGAUUUUGAUAUUUGCAUUUUCAGAUGUUUCCAUUUGUAGACUGACUACCUAAUUGCACUGGGCUCUGAUUAAUUGGUAUCUGAUACAUACUGAUUAAAUGACCCUUUUCUUUAUUGUCCAAUGCAAUAUUGGGUGGUUAUUUGCUGUAUGAGGACUGAGCUCCUCUUUAUACAGUUUUAUAGAGAGAAAAGGAAACUGAAGUUGGUUCUAUUUUGCUCAGAACCAAUGUUAUUUAAUGUUGAGGUGAACCUUUUUUCACUUUUACUCAUGGUACUCUAAACAUAUAGAACUCUGGUGAUGGUGAAACUAAUUAACUGAUGUAUAUUUUAAGUAGGAGUAGCCUCAGCCCUGAUGCUCUGUAACUGACAGAUAAGGAUAGUAGUAAUAAGUUGUGUUUUUCUGGUUUGACAUGCAGACUCCAGAGGGUUCAAACUGUGACAGAACAUGACUUUGACAAAUCAGAAGCCUUGUGUUUUUUUUUUCUUUUCUUUUCUUGUUUUCUUUUCUUUUUUUAAAAAACCCUUCAGUGAUUGACCCGGGCAACCCCCCACCCCCAAACCCCCCCAAGCCUUACAAAGGAGGGGAGGAGGUGUGUUCUGUCUGUCAGGAGUGCCAACGUGUCUGCAAUAAUAAGCCCUCCAUUAGAAGGGAGGGGGACAGGGGAGGUGUUUAAAGGCUCGACACACACAGUCGGACUCUCUACAUUGUAUCGUUGCUGAUCAUUGUGUGAUGACCAACCGUUGUCCUGAAGGAUGUUUCCCUGUCAAUUAAAAAUACAAGAUUUUUUUAUUCCUGA